AUGAAGUUUGAUGAUGUUAUUGUUAACCACAUUGGUGAAUUCGGGUUGUACCAGAAAACUCAGCUUAUUCUUCUUUGUCUUCCAUCAUUGAUCACAUCAAUUAAUGCUUUAAGUUGGACUUUUGCGGGUGCAGAUGUUCUCCAUAGAUGUAGACUGGACACAGAAACAUUCGACAGUCAUAAUUAUUGGAAUGCGCCUGAAGGUUUUUUUAACUCGAGUUGCAAAAACAUCAAAAGUCAUCCUGAAUGGAAGAGUUGUCCUUUCGACGAAUGCAAUUUUCAGAAUGGAACAACGUGUGCCGAGACUGGGAAUGGCUUUGUUUACGAUCGAUCGAUUGUUAGUUAUUCAGCUGUUGAGAGGUGGGAAUUUGUAUGCGACUGGUCUGUUCUGAAGGCAGUCAUUCAAUCUGCGUAUUAUAUAGGACAAAUGGCAGGCUCUUUAAUAUUCGGCUUCCUUGGUGAUAGAAUUGGGCGUAGAUCUGUUUUUUUCAUUGCGAUUGUACUUCAAAUAAUUGGCACAGCCGGAUUAGCUGUUUCUCCUCAUUGGUUGCUUUAUGGUCUCUUCCGAAUUUUUGUAAUUGCUGUAAUUAUUAGUAUGGAGAUGGUUGGCCCUUCAAAGAGGAAAAUGGCGGCUGCGUUCACCGGUAUAUUCUUUGCUUUGGGUCAGGUACUACUUGGAGGAUUAGCAUAUUUUGUACGUGAUUAUCAACUUUUGCAUGCCUAUGUUACAAUUCCAGCAAUAUUUUUUCUUUCCUAUUGGUGGAUAGUUCCUGAAAGCGCACGUUGGCUCAUUUCUCAGGAACGUUACGAAGAGGCUGAUAAGGUUCUACGCACAGCGGCCCGUAUAAAUGGUAGGCAAUUACCUGAACGUUGGUGGCAGAAUAUUGAUGAUUACUCAAAAGAAAGCAAACCAGCUAGAAAACACAAUUAUCUUGAUUUGGUUCGCACACCUAGAAUAAGAACAAUUUCUUUAGCUACAUUCUUCUGUUGGCCAGUUGUCUCAAUGGUUUACUAUGGAAUGUCAAUGAAGACUGAUUUUCUUGGUGGUGACAUGUAUACAACAUUCAUAUUUGGUGGUCUCGUUGAAAUUCCUGCGCUUAUAUUGAUGUUUAGCAUUGUGGAUCGUGUAGGUAUAAAAUGUAUAAAAUAUUAAUAGGAAAAAGAACCUCGACAAAAACAUCCCGCUGUAAUGAUUCAGUACGAUAGAGACGGGUUUCAUAGGGCGGCAUACCUUCCAGUGGUCGAACAAUAAUAUCAUUGAUUCUGUCGAACAUAUAUU